CUUUUAUUUUGAAAGUCCCGCUGGAGACCUUCACUCGGCAGCAGCUGAGGUCAGCCGGAGCAGUGUGUGCGGAGGAAAACUCUAGAUGUUCAGCUGCAGCAGAAUGGCGAUGAGGAUAAGAGGGUUGCUGCCCAGUCAUGGAUAGAUCGUUACAAUGACACAUGAGACCCUCACUAGCUCCCAGCUGUCUUUCAAGGCGGCUGCCCUGCGCAUGGUGGACCUGCCGCUGUCCGUGUGCAGCUCCCUGACUCAGCUGGAUGUCAGCUCAGGCACCAAGAAGCUGGUGGCCGCCGCUGCCUUCGGCGCCGUCUCGCUCCUCUUCCUCGCUCGCCGCUUCCAGAGGAGGAAGGGCCGGAAGAAGACUCUCUCUCCUCAGUGGGAGCAGGACGGCUUCGAGUUGAUCUCUUCGGCCGCAGGAGGGAACGAUAACACCAGUCGGAACAUCACUCUCUCCCUCAACUCAAAGAAAGGCCUCUCCUCCGGUCUGCUUCUCAACUCAGGAGACUACAGGAAACUGUCCGGCUCUCUGCUGAGCCUGGCCUCGGUGAAAAGCAUGAACUCAUCGAGCAGCAGCACCUGCGCAAAUGAGUCCAUCUGCUGGGACCGAGCGCUGGAGGCGGACAUCUGCAGUGUGGUCAACUUACCUGUGACCACACCUGAAAACCUCUACCUCAUGGGUAUGGAUCUAUUCGAGGAGGCGUUGAGGCGGUGGGAGGAGGCGUUGACGUUCAGGAACAGACAGGAGGAAGACGAUGGUGCCAGCUGUGAAUCCGUCAAAACAGGAGCUGAAGAAGCUGUCGCUGAGCAGGGCACGGAGGAGGGGAUGAGUGCAGAGUUCCUCCUCCGGCUGAAGUCUCUGCUGCAGAGAGCCUACAGCCUGCAGGAGGAGUUUGAGGGGGUGCUGUGUCUGUCGGAGCCCUCGUCCCUCUGCCAGGAUAAAAUAAUGUUGGACGUUUUGUCCAGAGAGGAGCUGGACGACGUGUGUCUGAGGGACAGCAUGAGCAUCGCCUCCAACGACUCCUUUGUGUCGGCUGCUGAGCUGGCGGAGCACCGAGAGCUGCGCAGCGUCCUCGCUCUGGUGCCUCACCUUUUCUACGAGGAGGCGCUGCAGAUGGCCGAGGACGGAAAGAUCUCCUGUAGAGUGCUGCGGACUGAGAUGCUCGGGUGUCACGGAGACAUCGACUUCCUCGCCAAGUUGCACUGUGUGCGGCAGGCCUGUCAGCUCAUCCUGUGUGACAGAACCACCCGGAUGUUUCUGGCCGACACGGGAAAGAAAAUUCUGUCUUCAAUUAUUGUUAAAGCACAGAAGAGCCCAAAGAGGUUUGAGGAAGUGUUCGAGGAGAUGAUUUCCUUCGUGGAGCACACGGAGCACUGGGAGAACACGGAGGUGGAGCUCGCCACUCGAGGGGUGAAGCACUUGAACUUCUACGACAUCGUGCUGGACUUCAUCCUGAUGGACUCCUUCGAGGAUCUGGAGAAUCCUCCCGUCUCCAUCCAGAACGUGAUCAACAACCGCUGGCUCAACAGCUCCUUCAAGGAGACGGCGGUGGCAUCCAGCUGCUGGUCAGUGAUGAAGCAGAAGAGACAGCACAUGAAGGUUUCCGACGGCUUCAUCGCUCACUUCUACGCUGUGUGUGAGCAGAUCAGCCCGGUGCUGGCCUGGGGCAUCCUGGGGCCGAAGAGCUCGCUGCACGACUUCUGCUGCUUCUUCAAGGACCAGGUGCAGUACUUCCUGAAGGACAUCUUCGACCUGGACAAGGUGCGGUACUCCUCUGUGGAGACCCUGGCGGAGGACAUGCUGCACCUGCUGCACCGCCGCUCCGAGCUGCUGCUGGCCUACCUGGGAGCCGAGUCGCUGCGGCACGCCAACAUCUGCAACGCCGCCAAGGUGACGCUGCUGCCUAGCAACCUGAUGGAGGCCCGGGUGCAGUGAGAGGAGAACACACACCCAAAAAAUGCCAGAGCAUCCAAACACAGUACAGUUUACCGUCUGCAGAGUUUACAGGUCAUCUGUCGGACUUAUUUUCCACUUAUCUGUUGCACAAAACUUCUCAUUUAAGGAAUUCAAUGUAAACCAGUUUCACCGUGGUCAGACAUCACAUCUCCCAUCAUGCUUUGUGCUCUCAUUGCUCUGUAUGUGAGGAUAAGCUGUACCUUGCCUUCACACUUGAUCGUUUUUUCAAGUAUGGCCUCCUCUUCCCCGCUCCCUAUUCUGUGCCAUGUGCACACGUUUCAAAACCAUAGCAAUAAUACGUAAACAAGCUGUGAGACAUUUGAUCGUAAUUAUAUCGCAGUGUAUAUUCUGCUGUGUAAAUUUAGCAUAUUUAUUGCGGUUAGGAAGAAGGGUGUUUUUCAGUAUUUAUUUUACUAAGUAGUUAAAUGAUGCAGGAUUUAUUUUUUAAAGCUUGUAGUUGUGCCUGUGAGCAUUGCUUGAUUUGUGAUCUGCUUCAAAAAUAUAGUAUGAAUGUCAUGUAAUCUGAGAUUUAUUAGAUGUAUUUCAACAUCUUACUGCACAUCAACAAUGCAAACAGUUAAAUGUACUUUUUGUGACCAAGCAAAUCACUUAAAAAGGGAAAUGUUAAA